ACACUCUGUGCCUCUUACAGUUCGGAAGGAAACCCAUAAAACCCAAGGACUGUAUAGAUAUACCUCCUCGGUAGGAGCAGCCUUAUGCUGGAGCUUUCGCACGGUGAAAUGUUGUAAAGACAUUUCGUGCUCUACCAGGAUUUGGAUCGGGACUUUUAUUUUUUUAUUUUAUUUUUUUCCAGAUCGAGUCUUCAGUGGAGCCUGUUGGAGGUUUCGAUUCCGACAUGAUUCACCUGUUUCUGUUCGUGUGUGGUUGAAGGCAGAGCCGUCGAGUGGAGGAGACUGAACAUUUUUUCAUUAUUGUUAUUUAUUUUUCAACGGUAAGGAAACCCAGCUUGUCUGGGCCAGGUCAUGCUGAUGGACCAGGACACUCAGUGGCUGCACCAGCUGCUGGCCGAAGUCCAGCUGGAGAAGUUCUACGUCCGCGUCCGAGACGGCCUCAACAUUACCCGCGUGGAGCACUUCAACUAUGUCAAGGAGUCCGACCUGGAGCACAUCGGAAUCAGCAAGCCAGCACAACGACGAUUAUGGGAAGCCCUGAAACGCUACAAGACAACUGCGCGCUUACGAAGAAAUAUGCUCAACAAACGAGACGGAGGGGAACAGUCCGGCCCAGCCGGCCCAGUUCAGCCGCAGGAGAGGACCGCGCCUCGUCUGAUCCAGGACAGUGAGCUGAUUCUCGGGGAGAAGUUGGGGUCGGGGUCCUUUGGGGUGGUGAAGAGGGGAGAGUGGCACACACAGACAGGCAGAGUGCUCCCUGUGGCUGUCAAAUCACUGAGGAGCAGCAGGUCCACGCAGGCCGACACACUCGCAGACUUCCUGCAGGAAGUCUCCACCAUGCAGUCCCUGGACCACCCCUACAUCAUCCGACUCUACGGCGUUGUCCUCACACAGCCCCUCAAGAUGGUAACAGAGCUGGCCGUUCUGGGCUCAUUGUACGACACCCUGCGGGCGCGGCAGUUCGAGUACCCGCUGCUGCGCCUCUGGCUCUUUGCCACCCAGAUUGCGGCAGGUAUGGACUACCUGGAGAGCCGGAGAUUCAUCCACAGGGACUUGGCUGCCAGAAAUGUGCUGCUGUCCUCCAAGGAGGUGGUGAAGAUCGGAGACUUCGGUCUGAUGCGGGGCUUGAGUCAGGAGAUGGACCAUUACAUCAUGGGAGCACACAGGAGGAUCCCGUUUGCGUGGUGUGCCCCUGAAAGUCUCCGAAUCGGCUCCUUUUCCCAUGCCUCUGACGUCUGGAUGUUUGGUGUCACCAUGUGGGAAAUGUUCACCUACUGUGAUGAGCCCUGGUUUGGUCUCUCAGGAAGACAGAUACUGUUGCGUGUGGAGCAGGAAGGUGAGCGACUGGAGAAGCCUUCAGAUUGUCCUCAGGAGCUGUACGUCGUCAUGAGGAAGUGUUGGGCCCUCAACCCCGUCGACAGGCCCAACUUUGCCGAUCUCAUUGCAAUGCUCACAGAGGCUAAGCCGGCACAGUUCCAAGCAACAAGAGAAUUUUCAGAGCCUAGAAAACUUCUUCUCGCUCCAAACGACACUGUGACGGUCAUAGACCAUGGGCUGGAAAUGAGCGAAUGGCGUGGCCAGAAUCAGAGGACGCUCUUCAUCGGCAUGUUUCCCGCCAGCCUGACUGUGCCCGCCAUCACUGCGGGGCCCAGUCCACCUUCUGGCGGCUCCAUCAUCUCCAACCCAGUGAAGGGCAGCCUGCAACACCUCGGGCACGGAGACGUCCACCCUGACCGCAGCUGGGGCUCACCUGAGGGGCCGGACGACAAAAGCAGCUGGAGGAUGGGAACCGGCAGGGGGCAGGAGGCAACCAACUUGCAGAAAAUGGCAGGUUUGUCUCAGAGCCUGGAGUCGGUCCUAGGUGGCCGUCGCCCCAGGCCUCAGACCACAGGGCCUUUCAGAGUGGAUCAACAAGGCCGGCUCAUGGCCCCUGCCAUGAUCGCCCAGAGCAUGAUGGUGCAGAGGGAUCCGCGGCGCUUGAGUGAGGCCAACCUUCAUGUCCCUCCCCGGCCACCGCUGCCCGACCUGACACGCCUGAACCUGAGGAACCAGAGGAAGCCCAUUGCUCAGGCAUCGGUGCCCCCAUUCUGGCCUUCACAAAUGGUCCUGUCCCCGCCGCCGCAGCAGACACAACCCCCUGGUCAAUUUCCUCCUCAGCAGGGCAUGCUAAACUCCAACCUGGUUAAAAUGUCCCGGAUGGCGCGUUCAACGCCGCAGCUGGAUGACGACCAAAAGGAGAGACCGAGGGACAGAGAGAAACCACCUUAUCUGCAAAACACAAAGGAGAGUCUUGUUGCACAGGUGAUGGAGGCGGUGCACGGCGUGACCACUGAAGAGGUGCAAAGUGCGCUUCAGAGUAACGACUGGAAUCCAGUCCGGGCUGAGCAACAACUCAAGGUCAAGCAGCUUCACUCGUUCAGCCUCUGCCCCGUAGACAUCUGUGUGAAGAUCCUGGACAAACACCAGUGGAACCUGGAGCACGCCAGCAGAUACCUUCUCCGGAUGAACCGGGAGGACAGGCCCGGCGCCGGAGACAGGGAUCGGCCUCAGAUUAGCGCAGAGAGACGGGUCUGAAGAGAUUUGCAGAUGUCCGGCUGGCUGAAGCCGGACUUUGUCAGCAACUCCUGGCUUCACAGAGACCCGCUGCGGCACCAGGCGCUCCCAGAACCAGCUGCUUUACGAUGGGAGCAGGACUCAGCCUGUCAAAGCAGAAACAUGAAGGUUUACCAGAGACUACUGUUUAUACUGUUUUUACUGUUUCCCCUCUCUCAUUGUGCCAUUAUUUAGCAUGUUUUUUUUUAUGUGGAUGAAUUUAUGUGUAAAUGUAGUCUUAAACAUGCUUUUGUUGAAUAACCAUGUAGAUAAAAAUGAACCAGUCUCUACAAUUUCUAUCUUAAAUAACCUUGUAUUUUUUGAUUAAUCAUAUAAUAAAUGCAUUUUAACAACAAUUGAA